UUAAAGCCACGCAUUUUUUUCUCAAUAAUUUGGUCCCUACUCCAUACCACGCGUGGCUAAAAUCCCAAUUUCGUCUGGGCAUGGAAGAUCGAAAAGUUACGCCGCUGGCUCGUUUACGGAGCAGGGGAAGAAGAAGCAUAGUGAACUGAAGCCGAUGAAGAAGACGGUGGUACUGUACCCAGGCCUGGGCGUCGGCCACCUGGUGCCCAUGGUCGAGCUCGCCAAGGUGUUCCUCGACCACGGCCUCGCCGUCGCCGUCGCGCUCGUCGAGCCGGCCGACAGCCCCGCGGCCUCUGCCUUCUCCGCCGCCGUCGCCCGCGCAAAGGCCUCCAACCCCUCCGUCGCCUUCCACGUCCUUCCCCCGCCGCCGCCAGCGCCCGCCGACGACAAGGCCACGCCCACGCACCACCUCAUGAAGAUGCUCCAUCUCCUGGCCGCCAUGAACGCGCCGCUCCGCGACUUCCUCCGCUCGCUGCAGCGCUCCUCCCCCGUCCACGCGCUCGUCAUCGACAUGUUCUGCGCCGACGCGCAGGACGUCGCGGACGAGCUCGGCAUCCCCGCCUACUACGCCUUCUCGUCCGCCGCCAGCAACCUCGCCGUCUUCCUCAACCUGCCCAGCAAGCUCGCCGCCAUGGACACCCAGCUUCUCCGCGACUCCUCCACAAUCUCUUUCCCGGGCGUUCCCCCUUUCAAACCUUCCGACUUGCCCUCCGACGUCGCGGCCCAGGGCGAGGCGCUCGACUCCAUCCUGCGCGUGUUCGAACGGUUGCCCCAAUCGGACGGGAUCCUCAUCAAUUCCAUGGAAUCGCUGGAACCCCUCGCGGUGCAGGCGCUCGAGGACGGGCUCUGCGUCCCCGGCCGCCCCACGCCGUCGGUUUACUGCAUCGGGCCGCUGGUCUCCGCCGGAGCCGGAGACGACGAGCAACACGAGUGCCUCCGGUGGCUGGACUCUCAGCCGGACGACAACAGCAUAGUAUUCCUCUCCUUCGGCAGCAUGGGCACCUUCUCGAAGAACCAGCUAUCGGAGAUCGCGACCGGGCUGGAGAAGUCCGGCCAGAGAUUCCUCUGGGUGGUGCGGAGCCCGCUGCCGGACCCGGCCCACCACAGGCCCGGCGAUCCGCUCCCGGAGAUAACGGACCUGGGCUCGCUCCUCCCCCACGGGUUCCUGGACCGCACCAGGGACAGAGGCCUCGUGGCGCCGCAGGUGGAGGUGCUGCGGCACAGGGCGACGGGGGCGUUCGUGACGCACUGCGGCUGGAACUCGACGCUGGAGGGCGUGGCGGCGGCGGGGCUGCCGCUGCUGUGCUGGCCGCUCUACGCGGAGCAGAGGAUGAACAAGGUGUAUGUGGUCGAGGGGAUGGGGCUCGGGGUGGAGAUGAGAGGCUUGCAUAUUAGGUAAAUAUGGCUACGAAAGUUCGCCCACCUAUUACCGACGCAGAAAAACUGGAGGUUGGUGAAAUAGACACAAGAGCUCCUUUUGAAUCUGUCAAAGCUGCAGUGAGCUUAUUUGGUGAAGUUCGGG